AUGCGUCACUUUGUUCGAGUUCCGUUGGCAAUACUAUUACUGGCAUUAAGCAUAACAUGCUCACAUGCUUUCAGGAAAUAUAGACAACCUGAGAUAAAAUCUGCAGUUUUCCUAUCCCCUAAGUUUGAAUUGGAUCCUGGAUCAGUGGUGAAUAGAAAUUACUACUACAUUGAGUUCCCAAGAGGUCAUAUUGCUAUCAAGGGUUUCAAUGCUGAAGUAGUUGAUGAAGCAGGGCAUCCUGUCCCUCUUCACGAAACUUAUCUACACCACUGGGUCCUUGGAAGAUUUCAUCAACGUCUAAAUGCAACAAAUCCCGAGCAGGAUUAUAUUCUCGUGAGGAACAGUGGAAUAUGCCAGAAACAAGUUGUUUACCAGUAUUAUGGCCUCGGAUCUGAAACCCGAGGAACAAACACAGAUGUACCAGAUCCUUUUGGAAUAGAGGUUGGUAAUCCUGUUGAUAUUCCUGUUGGGUAUGAGGAGGCGUGGUUUCUUAAAGUCCAUGCAAUUGAUACUCGGGAAGUGGAAGAUAAGUUGGGAUGCACCGAAUGCAGGUGCGAACUAUAUAAUGUUACAAAGGAUGAAAAAGGCCAGCCCUUAAGACCAGACUAUAAAGGAGGUUUAUCAUGUUGUUAUGAUCACACACAAUGCAGAUUGAGAGAAGACUCUGUGGGUGCUACGAGAAACCUUUACAUGAGAUAUACGGUGAAGUGGCUUGAUUGGAAUGAAUUUAUUGUGCCUGUCAAGAUUUAUAUAUUGGAUGUCACUGAUACUUGGAAACGAUUGGCCAAUUCAACAGGACAAAAUUCAGAACAUGAAUGCCAUGUUGAGUAUGACAUUGAGUCUUGUAGUGCAUCUGGUAAGGCUGAUAAUGGGUGCACUGACUCCAAAAGGGCAAGUCUGGCUAUGCCAACUGGUGGCUAUCUCGCUUAUGGUGUGGCCCAUCAACAUUCAGGGGGUCUCGGUUCAGCUCUUUAUGGAGAGGAUGGACGGCUUUUGUGUUCUUCGAUGCCAACAUAUGGAAAAGGGAAGGAAGCAGGAAAUGAGGCUGGCUAUAUUGUAGGAAUGUCCACUUGUUAUCCUAAACCAGGCACCGUAAAGAUAAAUGAUGGGGAGACUAUGAUUGUGGAAUCUAAUUAUAGUAGCACCCAGAGCCACACAGGAGUCAUGGGGCUCUUCUACAUUUUGGUUGCAGAACAUUUGCCAAAGCCUGUGCUUUCCCGACGCCUUCCAUUUGCAAAGCCAGUUAAUAGUAAGGUAUAAAGCAUUUGCAUUGAUAUAGAAUGCAAAUGAUAAUAGAUAAAGCAGCAGUCUGAUUGUCGAAGACCGAUUGAUGCGUUGAUCAAUUAAAAUUUUUUAGCUAGAGUGAAUUAGUAUCUUUAACAGUGCUUAGCAUUUAGCAAUAUUAUGUCAAUAGAAAUAAGGCUGCUGGAUUCUUAAUGAA